GGCGGGCUGCCUUUUUGGGGGGCACCCGAGUGGGCUCCUUGAGGGGCGACGAUGGCGGCGGGGUGCCGGGGGGGCUGUUGCGGGUGCUGUUGCUGCUGCUGUGGGGAAACGGAGAGCCGCACUCCGGAAGAGCUGACCAUCCUUGGAGAGACGGAAGAUGAAGACGAUGAAAUUCUACCCCGUAAAGACUAUGAGAGCUUGGAUUAUGAUCGGUGCCUCAAUGAACCGUACUUGGAAGUCCUAGAAAGCCUCGAUAACAAGAAGGGCCAGCGCUAUGAAGCGGUGAAGUGGUUGAUGGUUUUUGCCAUCGGAGUUUGCACGGGAAUGGUGGGCCUUUUUGUAGACUUUUUCGUCCACCUCUUCACCAGAAUCAAAUUCCAAGUGGUUCAGAACUCGGUGGAGGACUGCAGCGAGAAAGGUUGCCUGGCCAUCUCCCUGCUGGAGCUGCUGGGCUUCAACCUCACCUUCAUCUUCCUGGCCAGCCUCUUUGUCUUAAUCCAGCCAGUAGCUGCCGGAUCAGGGAUUCCAGAGAUCAAGUGUUACUUGAAUGGAGUCAAGGUCCCCGGGAUCGUGCGUCUUCGGACCUUGAUCUGCAAAGCGCUGGGGGUCCUUUGUAGCGUGGCUGGAGGUCUUUUUGUAGGGAAGGAAGGCCCCAUGAUCCACAGCGGCGCUAUCGUCGGGGCUGGUUUACCUCAGUUCCAGAGUAUUUCUUUAAGGAAAAUCCAGUUUAAUUUCCCCUAUUUCCGAAGUGACAGGGACAAAAGAGAUUUUGUUUCUGCUGGUGCGGCCGCUGGGGUGGCUGCAGCCUUCGGGGCGCCCAUCGGAGGGACGCUUUUCAGCCUAGAAGAAGGCUCCUCGUUUUGGAACCAGGGCCUCACGUGGAAAGUGCUCUUCUGUUCCAUGUCUGCCACCUUCACCCUCAACUUUUUCCGCUCCGGCAUUCAGUUUGGAAGUUGGGGGUCUUUCCAGCUGCCGGGGUUGCUGAAUUUUGGAGAGUUCAAGUGCCCAGAGUCUAACAAAAAAUGCCACCUGUGGACCAUCGUGGACUUGGGUUUCUUCAUCCUGAUGGGGGUCGGUGGGGGCCUCUUAGGGGCCACCUUCAACUGCAUCAACAAAAGGCUGGCAAAAUACCGCAUGAGGAACGUGCACCCCAAGCCCAAGCUGGUCAGAGUCUUGGAGAGCCUUUUGGUGUGCCUGACGACCACGCUGGUGAUAUUUGUCGCUUCGAUGCUCCUUGGGGAAUGCCGGCCGCUCUCUUCCGCUGGCCACGGAGACAACAGCUCCUCCUCCUUCAGCCUGCAGGAUUCGUCCUCGGAGGAGGUGAAUUCAAGCAUCAAGACCUUCUUCUGUCACAAUAACACUUACAAUGACAUGGCAACCCUGUUCUUCAACCCUCAAGAGUCGGCCAUCUUACAACUGUUUCAUCAGGAGGGUACUUUCAGCCCUGUCACCCUCUCUCUCUUUUUCCUUCUCUACUUCUUGCUCUCCUGCUGGACUUACGGGAUUUCUGUGCCGAGCGGUCUUUUUGUCCCAUCGCUGCUCUGUGGGGCCUCUUACGGACGCCUGGUGGCCAACCUCCUGGAAAGCUACAUUGGCCUGGAUCACGUCUACUCCGGCACCUUUGCAUUGAUCGGAGCGGCCGCCUUCCUGGGCGGGGUAGUCCGCAUGACCAUCAGCCUCACCGUAAUCCUGAUCGAGUCCACCAACGAGAUCACGUACGGGUUGCCCAUCAUGAUCACCCUGAUGGUGGCCAAGUGGACAGGUGACCUCUUCAACAGAGGAAUUUACGACGUCUACGUGGCCUUGCGUGGGGUCCCCCUGCUGGAGUGGGAAGUCAAAGCAGAGAUGGACAAGCUCAGAGCGAGCGACAUCAUGGAGCCCAAUCUGAUGUAUGUCUACCCGCACACCCGGAUCCAGUCCCUGGUCAGCAUUCUCCGCACCACUGUCCAUCAUGCCUUCCCGGUGGUGACCGAGAACCGGGCCUACGAGAAAGAAUUUAUGAAGUGGGACCAGCUGAUCAGCAACAAUAUUAAAUUCAAGAAAUCCAGCAUCCUCACCCGGGCGGCCGAGCAGCGUAAACGUAGCCAGUCCAUGAAGUCUUAUCCCUCGAGCGAGCUGAGAAAUGUGUGCGAUGACCACAACGCGGCCGAGGAGCCUCCGGAGACGGAAGACAUGCUGCAGCAGAUGUUGGAGCGGAAAUACACUCCGUAUCCCAAUCUGUAUCCAGACCAGUCCCCCAGUGAGGAGUGGACGAUGGAGGAACGCUUCCGGCCUCUGACUUUCCACGGCCUGAUCCUGCGCUCACAGCUGGUCACUUUACUCGUCCGAGGAAUCUGCUAUGCAGAGAAUCAAUCAAGUGCCAACCAGCCUCGUCUCUCAUAUGCAGAUAUGUCAGAAGAUUACCCACGCUAUCCGGACAUCCAUGACUUAGAUCUCACGCUCCUGAAUCCACGCAUGAUUGUGGACGUCACGCCUUACAUGAACCCUUCUCCCUUCACCAUCUCGCCUAAUUCUCACAUCUCCCAAGUCUUCAACCUCUUCCGGACGAUGGGGCUAAGGCACUUGCCGGUGGUGAAUGCCGUCGGUGAGAUUGUGGGCAUUAUUACUCGACACAACUUGACCCACGAGUUCCUCCAGGCCAGGCUGCGCCAGCAUUACCACACCAUCUAAACUUCGCUUCCCGCCUCUUCCACCUCCUGAGACACCCCCCCCCAUCCUCCUAAGGAUUCCUAGGCCCACCGUGUGCACUUUAGUCAACAAAAUGAGCCAGCCCGUCGGCGUUGCCCCUGUUUUGGAGCCGUAAAAACUGUACAUCCUUCAGGCUGGGGGGGGGGGGAAGUGUAAUACGUGGGGAAAUCUGGAGAGCUGGCUGCCCUCUUCUCCGCGGAUUUGGAUCAAACCAUCUCAGUGCUUCGUUGCCCAGCCUUGCGGGCAUCCGAAAAGAUUGCAUCUUUACCUUAUUCCAGAAAGAGAGAGACAAAGAGAGAAAGAAUGUCAUUUUUCCUCUUCACCUUGCUGAAGUUUUUGCAAAUCUUGCAGACUUCCCUCUUUGUUUUUUUGUUGUUGUUUUUUGGCCAGUUGGGACACCGUUAUCUUCACUUCAAACUUUAGCCGCCUGCUUCCCGGUUUAAUUGAGGUUAUCCAUCCACCUUUGGUAAGGUUGAAACGGGACGAAAAGAACCACCACCGCAGCAACGAUUUUCUUGACUGGGGCUUUUGACUUUCUGCUCUUUGCGCCUCUCUCCCAUCUUUCACUUUCGUUGUCAUCUUUCUGAGAUCGAAACCCCACCGGCGCCAAGGAAGUCUCCCGCUUCGGGGGCAAGAUUCAGAUCAAGCCCUCGGUUCUCCGGAUCCUCCUUUGGGAUCCCCUCCAAAGCGAAAGCAGGGAAUCCAAAGUGGUUGGGCGUUAAAGUGUCGGAGCCACCGUUGCUAGAACGGGGAGGUUGUUUUUAGCGGAUUUCGAGCAUGAUUCGCCUCCUUUGGGUGCUGAGCUUCAAACUGAGCCCCCCCCCUUUUUUAAAAAAAAAAAAUCUGACGCACAAACAGUUCGUUGCCAAGUGAUUCUGAAUGUGCAGAAGGAACCAAGACUGUUUUUUUUGUGGGGGGGGGGGUUUGGAAUACAUUGACUGGUGGGACCAAACCGUGAUGUUCUCUUCAACCCCCUAACAGCCCCGCUUUGCAUGCUGUUUUCCAGCUUGCCUGAUUCUCCCCUCCUCUCCCCCCCCUGCCACUUUCCUCAUCCCGUCCUCUGUGCUUCCUUUCUCUCCAUCUCACAAUUCCCCCUCUUUCCCCCCCCUUCUUCUGGUGUUUCUGGCUGGGAAGCACGUUCUCUCCCAAUUCUUCAGAAAUCCCAGGAGAGCCUUACGCAAGGGAGGUGUUCUGUCCCCCCUUGCCUCUGGCCGAGUGAUGGCUUAAUUAGCCGGCAACUAUCAGCUCUGGCAGCAAACUAGCGAGCUUCUGCCAAGUGACUCUGUUAUCUCUCUUUAUGCCAUGAGUCAACCAGGAACAAACAGUACUUCAGCUCUAGUUAAGCAGUUGAUUUGCUUGCCACAAAGUGGUAUAGCAGCCCUUGCUGCUUUUAUAUCCUGUGGGGUGUAGCUCCAUGAUUCAGCACUUCCUAGGCCUGCCCCCCCCUGCUCCUGUUGUUCCCGCCUCUCCUGCCUACGAAACCUAGGGUCCAGCCAGGCCUGAUUGCCAUCAGCUGGGUGUGGAGGUGUGGCCAGAGGGGGGGAAGAGUCAGGGGACGGAGACUUCGUUAUUUCUUCCACCUGGCCUGCCUCUGGCUCCUGGAGCUGAGCCAGGGAAGCCGUGCUCCCGAGGUAAGUCCUGAUGGCUCUUCCCCCUCACUUUCCAAGUCACUUUCUGGCAGGGGGCCCGGCUCGGGGGACACAGACACAACAGGAGGGGCGGCCUGCAGGGGUGUCUCCAGAUAACGUCUCCUCCCGACGGCUCAGCCAGAUAUUGCCUCGAAGGGGAUGGAGGUGGCAGUGUGUGUGUGUGUGUGUGUGUACAUUGUUGAUAACCAACACCUUUGUUCUCUAUGGGUGGUAAAUAUUUUCCUUCCCUUGGCAUGACCCUCCUUGCAGGGCAGUUCCUUUCCCCUCCCUGGGUUUGUUACCUCCAACAAAUCUGGUUUUGGCAGAAGGGUUAUAAUUUCCAACCGGGCUGGGGUGGGGGAUGGCAAACAGGGGAGGACACCUUUAAAAGUUACGAGGGAUACCCAGGUAGGACUGGAAUGGAUCUCGGGAUCUCGGAGGGGAGAGCCAGAGGGAGGUGGGGGAGGAUGUCUGCCGCGGCUGCGUUCAAGAGCUUUUCCAUCCCGGCUGGCUGGCUGGCUGGCUCGCACAAAACCUUGAGCCAGCUUUGACCGGCUGAGGCUUUUCUAACAAGCCUCAUCCCACUGGCUUUUGUGUGCUGGCGAUUCCGGCAGACUCCUGUCCUUUGUAGUUUGUGUGUUUGUGUGCACGUGUUUAACCUUUGCAUAAAUCCUUUUUCAACGGAAAGCAGAAAUCGAGCUUUGAAAGAGAGCUGAUACAGCCUUGAUAAAGCACACUCGUCGAUGUUUUGGAAGGAGAGGGGACCUGGCCCUCCCCGUUAGAGGACUUAAUCCAUGCAGCUGCCCCCCCCAUUCCCUCGGUGGGGGUGGGGUGGUCUCAGCUAAAGAAGAGGAACACUAGUGCUGUCUGUUGCUCAUUCACUCAAAAUUUGGUUCAAAUCCUCUCCCAAGUUCCCAGCAGGGCAAGGGGCUGCUGUUGGUUGCAAUCUGGAACAGCCGAAUUUUGCAAAAUUGACCAAAUGUAAACGAUUCCUUGCUUAUUUCUGCCAGCCCGAUGCAAUCCGGCAGCAAAAUAAUUCGAUUUUCUGGCUUAGACUACAAAUGGGGCACAGCUGGUUUUUUUUUUUUUUUUUUUUUUUUUGCACAGGCGAAGUUUUUGAUGUGCUCCGAUGCUAAUUUAAGUCUCCCAUCCAGUGUAAUUUUGUGUGUGUGUGUUUUCUCCUUCCACUUUCCAGUAAUAAGAUUAUCUCUUACCUAUUUUGGAGAGACGUGGUCUGGGCGCUGAGCGGAAGUCCAAUUUUUGAAUACCGUUUCUGUCUACUCGAGACAGGAAUGUCUUUGCAAGGGUGGUUGUUGCUUUUUGGUUCACCUCUCUGAGAUACUCAGUUUUAUCUCCUCCCCUCCCCCCUUCCUAAUAUUUCUUUGCUCCGUUCUCAACCCAAGCGAGCUUGUAGCUCCUCCUUUGCCCCCUCCUGCUUAAAAUAUAUAUAUUUAAGUCGUUUUCCUUUUCCAAGGUGUUACCUUCCCCUGCCCUCUUCAUAACCGUUUCUGGUUAGAACCGGUCCCGUUUCAGCUCCUGUUAGCAACUCUCCACGGGCCUGCCUUUCAUGGCAUCAGCCCGUCCAACAUUCCCUUUGCAGCUUGAAUUUUUCACAAGACCAAAAUUAUCCUGGCUGGGUUUUUUUGUUUUACUUUGUUGUCCUCUGCCAACGGGCAUUUGAUUCUAAAGCGCGGGUUAUAAAUGACCAUUUUGUUUGCAUCUCUGUGCGUAUGUGUUAGGGAAAGAGACCAAUAUUCUUAUUUUCUCAGGAAGCUGAAGUUGUUUUGUUCUGCUUUGCUUUGAGAAUUCCAGAAUUCACAAGAGAGAAUGAGAGAGGGAGGGAGGGAGGGAGAAUAAGAGAGAGAGAGAGAGAGGAGAAAAUAAAAAUAAUUUAUUCAAUAUCUACUUUAAUGUACUUUUAAAAGUGGAUGAGGAAAAAAAACGUCAAGUUAAUAUUUUCGAGCAGUUUUGUAUGAUUGCUGGACAGUUAUAACUUACUUCCUCAUUUCUAGAUGCUUGAAAAUAUUAAGAGUUUAAAAAACUUGGAUUCUCGGCUGGGUUCAUCUGUAUUACCCAAUAAUUGACAUUUUACUAGGCUGGGGAUAAAAAAUUUUUUUUAUUUAAAACAUGUAAAAGUAGCCCUAGGAAAUCAGGCGACACUACAGUUCGUUGUCCGUUGUCGAUCUACAAUUCAGGCGACGCUGUAGUCCAUUGUCAAAAGUAGGUGCCCCGUUUGUUAGAAGGUGCUCGCUUUACAAUCCAGGUGACAGCUGUCUCUUUUCUCCCAGGUGUGUUGAUAUAUAUUGAUCUGUGCAUUAUUAAUCAAAGAUUUAAAGAUUCCAAUUACGCGGUUAACGCGUUUCAGGUUUGUCAAAAGAUGCGGGAGGAUUUCUCCGUCUUUAUUUCUCACGGCUUAAAAUCAUAGAGUUGAUUGAAGAGAAAGCGAUUCCCGUAAAAUGACACUAAUCGCUCCUGCGUUCCACGCAUUGCGCUGAGAAUUGUCUUCUGUCUUACGAUAAUGAAGAGGUUUUUCUCGCCAGAAAACUCCUUUAUUUAUUUAACAUUCGCAGGCCAAAUUUGGCUAGACCCACUUCAAUUCCGGGUCGAUAGGUCCCUCGGAAUUCAUGCCUUGGGAUUUUCGUGGAUGCUGGGAGAGUCUAGGAAUUCUCAUGAUUUCUGCUCUCUCGUUUCUUAAACAGUAUUAAUACCCGUUCCAGCGGGAGAAGCACACGGGACAUUUUUUUGGUUUAUAAGCUCUUAUGGAUAUAUUGAUUUCCAAUUGCACUUUGUCCACGUGAGCCAAAUCGCGGGUGAACCAAUUUUGUGUACAUAACGUUUUUGUUUUUAAUAAUGUUUCAAAGCAUUCUGGGCAGAGGAUGUGCUAGAUAUAUAUAUAUUUUAAUUUUGGUUUGAGCACUUGUAUUCUAUAACCCAUGGUCCUUCUCUUUAAAAAAAAACACAAUAAAAUUCCUCCUUUAUGUC